UCACCCACCCUCCUGUUGAGACUCAUCCUCCUGGGCGGGGAGAGGUGGCAGUCGAGUCCUCCCAUAUCCCAGCAGGCAGUGCAGUCUGGAGAAGCUGACAAAGGAGCAAGGAGCAGUCGCAGCUGCUUUGCAAGGAGCCACGGUUAGUGAGAUUGCCAAAAUGCUUUGGAGUUUUUAACAGGAUCUAAGAAAGUCCAAAAUAGAUUCGAGACUGUAAAGACGGAAGCUGCAGCAAGGGGGAUUCAGUGCCAAUGCAUCAACAAAAAAGACAACCAGAGUUAGUGGAAGGAACUCUUCCUGUUUUUGUGUUUCCCACGGAGCUGAUAUUUUAUGCAGAUGAUCAGUCAACACAUAAGCAAGUGCUGACGCUGUACAACCCCUAUGAGUUUGCCUUAAAGUUCAAAGUUUUAUGUACGACUCCAAAUAAGUAUGUUGUUGUUGACGCCGCAGGUGCAGUGAAACCUCAGUGCUGUGUGGACAUUGUGAUUCGUCACAGAGAUGUUCGAUCCUGUCACUAUGGUGUGAUAGACAAAUUCCGCCUCCAAGUCUCAGAGCAAAGCCAGAGGAAGGCUUUAGGAAGAAAAGAGGUUAUCGCUACUCUUCUCCCAUCUGCAAAGGAACAACAAAAGGAAGAAGAGGAGAAAAGAAUAAAGGAACAUUUAGCGGAAAGUGUAUUUUUUGAGCAGUCAUGUCAACCAGAAAACAGAACUGUGUCUUCAGGACCUAGUUUGCUAACUGUCUUCCUGGGAGUGGUGUGUAUUGCGGCCCUGAUGCUGCCUACUCUGGGGGAUAUGGAAUCGCUGGUGCCUCUCUACCUCCACUUAAGUGUGAAUCAAAAAUUAGUGGCUGCUUAUAUCUUAGGUCUUAUCACAAUGGCUAUACUUAGAACAUGAGCAAGGAUUAAAACUGACGUCUGAAGUAAAUUUAUCUUAAAUACGAAUGUGGACUGCCUUUUAUCUCUAUUUCACUCCAUUAACACACUACAAAAUAUUGAAUGAUUUCAAGUAACUGCAAAUGUGUAAUAUAUAUUUUCAAUUAGUCUAUAAUUUUAUUUGAAGGACUCUAGCACUUUAUGUUACAGACAGCAAAAAUAUACUUCUGAGUGAUACAUAGGGAAUUAUUUGAAGAAAUUCUUUUUAAAAUCUAUACCUAUUGUGCUAAUAACUUUAAAUGUUAUUUUUCAUCUCUUUUGGUCUAAUUCACUUUGAUAAGGGUCGUGGGUCCUUCAAAGUUGAAGGCCUAAACAAGCAACUGACCAGCUUGAAGAUAAAAUGACAUUUAUUGCCUAGACCCAAGCAUCAACAUUACUAUGCAUAUCAUAAAUCUUCCUCUGCCAUUGCAAGGAGUUGCUGUAGUGUAUGUUACAGUCAGUAUGUAAGAGAGUUGAGAAAACAAGGUACAUUCUGAGGGCUCUCAGAACACAAGUUGUAUUUAAAUCUAAAUCAUCUUAUGAACCACAGACCAGGCUGUGCUCUGGAUACCAGGCACCUCAUAGAAGCAGUCUGGUGUCUCUGUUUGGCCUGAGAGUUCUAAAAGAAGGUAGGCACUUUUUUUAAACUUGAUUUGUUCGUCCUAGCUUUUAUGCUGGUUAACCCUUAAUGAUAUUAAGGGGAAAUCACCUUUUGAUUUUCUCUCAAGUCCCUUGCUUGCCUGAGUGUAAGUGACUUGCCCUGGUUGGGAAUGUCAGAUGACAGUUUCCAAGGCCAUGAUUUUUUUCACCUUCAAACUCUAAGCCAAGUAGAGAAAGACCUAGAUAUCUGUGUCUAUUUUGUAUCAGUCACUGAGACAUUUUAAAGUUUUUAUUUAUUGAAAUAAUUACCAAAAAAUGUCCCCUAAGCACAACUAUUUCCAUUUCUUUAUAGCAUUUUCUGACCUCUGACAUCUGUGCAGUUUUAACUGUUCUUGUCACAGCAACUGAUCUUUAUUGUCCUAGAAUUUUUAUCUGAAAGCACAAUGCAUCGAGUCUCUUGAAAAAUAGAUUUCUCUUUCAGCUCUUUUUAAUAAACUUUAUGCACUGCUAAUGUAGCAUUCUCAAGGAAUAUAUGUAAACACAAAUGUAUGCCUGAAGUUGAAUUUUUGCAGGAAACAGUACUCUGCUUCUAGAAGCUUUUUGUCUAGUAUUUCAUAGAAAAUCAUUGUUUAACCAUUUGAGGAGCAUAAAUCAUUCAGUGGAUCAUGUCUGUACAUUGUAUAAUGACUGAAAAGCACAUAAAUGUAAUCAACUUUGAACUCAUAAAAACAUGUUUGUGAGGUUCUA